AACAGAGGAACUUUCCUGGAGUUCUCGGAGAUCUGCAGAGGAGCCACUGCUCGGCCUUCAGGAGACAGACAGCGGAGCGACGAUCCCCCGCGAGGAGCGCUUCACGUUAACCGCCUGUUAUUUAUAUUAUUCAGAAGCCGUUAGCGCAUUACCAUACCGGGAGAAGGUACCGACAGGAAUAUGCCCAGGAAUACAACCGUUUUCCUUACGCGUAAGAAGUGAAGUCACGGACCUAUUUGUUCCCCAAAACUUCCAAAAAACUGUGUUCGGUGUGGAUAUGGCUUGGAUUAGAUGCGGCCUGCUGUUUUCUCUGGGUUUGUUCCUCUCCCCGGUGUGUGUGUCGGCAGAGCAGCACGGCUUCAGGCGGCUGUAUGUGCUGCAGCCCGGGCCGGCGGCCGGAGCCAACGGCCCGGCGCGGCUCAGCUCCAUCUCCACGCGUCACGGCGCGGCGGGGCAGCCGCACACUUACAAUGUGGAGCUCAGUGCGAACCUCGGCGGCCAGGUCCGGACCCGCAGGAUGGGGAACCAGGCAGACUCUGGUCCCGGCAGGCAGAGCCAGCAGCAGACCGUGAAGCUGUCUGGGGUGAAUGUCUGUGGAGGGACGUGCUGCCACGGGUGGACUAAAGCUCAGGGAUCCCAGCGGUGCAUCAAACCCAACUGCCUCCCUCAAUGCCAGAACGGUGGAAUGUGCCUCCGGCCUCAGCUCUGUGUCUGCAAGCCUGGCUCAAAGGGGAAUGCAUGUGAGCAGAAGACGGUGCCCACACACCCCUUCCCAGCUCUGCCGGGCAAUGGACCCACCAAUGGACACGGCACCGGUACCUCAAAUGGACACACUAAUGUACACAAUGUGGUUCCCCAGCGGCCCAUACCUCAGCAAGUUCCUCCCAGUGGUUAUGCCCCUCUUUCAUCUAACAACAUGGCCCAGAUGAAACUAAGUGUCAAGCCAGCCCCCCAGCAUGUACGGCCACAUUACGUCCAACAACAGAUCCGGCCUAUCCCCAUGCACCCAGGCCACAGCCAGCAGUAUGUUAUAAAGCCCAAAUACUACCACACACACACACAGACGCAUGUCCAAAUCCAACCUGAGAGGCCGAUCCCCCUGACCGUGGGACAAAACCCCAUCCACGUGGGCAACCAUACAGGACGGAUCAAGGUGGUCUUCACACCCACCAUCUGUAAACUAACCUGCAUAGGAGGAAGAUGUCACAACAACUGUGAGCUGGGAAACACCACCACCAUCAUCAGUGAGAACGGCCACGCCACCGACACCCUGACGGCACCCAACUUCAGAGUAGUGGUGUGUCACCUGCCGUGUAUAAAUGGAGGGAAGUGCAGCGCCAGGGACAAGUGUCAGUGCCCUCCCAACUUCACCGGGAAGUUCUGCCAGAUGCCCGUUCGGAACGGACAGCAGCAGCAGCCGGCGGGCGGAUACAGCCAAUCCCAGGUCCACUCCACACACACUCUGCCUCUGACCUACAGCAACGGACAGAACCCUGUGUUCAGCCCCGGCAUCGUGAACAUACACAUCAAACACCCUCCAGAGGCCUCGGUCCAGGUGCACCAUGUGUCUCAGCUUGAUAACUACCACAACAACGGGCAGCCGCUGAAAGGCUCCCACUCCAGCUCCUCUUUGUCCUCCACCUACACCUACCGCCACACGGAGAGCAGCCAGAACGUCCAGCAUCACGGCUACAACAUCGUUUAUCCCAGCAAGGGCGGAUACCAGGUCCCCCAGUACCCGCCCGUCACCUCCAAGAACACACUGGGGCGCUGCUUCCAGGAAACAGCAGGCAGUCAGUGUGGGAAGGCUCUGCCAGGCCUCACGAAGCAGGAGCAGUGCUGCCAGACUAUUGGGACAUCCUGGGGAUUCCACAAAUGCCAGAAGUGUCCAAAGCAACCAUCUAUUCCUCUGAUAGAUUGUCCUCAGGGCUACAGGAGAAUCAACAGUUCCCAUUGCCAAGAUCUAGACGAGUGCCAGCUGCAGGGUGUGUGUCCUAAUGGAAACUGUCUGAAUGCCGUGGGCAGCUACAGGUGCACCUGCAAACCCGGGUUUGUCCCCGACUCCACACUCACCACUUGCAUAUCCAACACACCUGCCAUCCAAGAGGAAAAGGGGGCUUGCUUCCGUUUGGUCAGCUCAGGGAGGCAGUGUUUGCACCCAGUGUCUACCCAGCUGAGCAGACAGCUCUGCUGCUGCAGUGUGGGCAAAGCCUGGGGCCCUCGUUGUGACAAAUGCCCCCCUCCAGGAACAGCUAAGUUCAAAGACAUCUGUCCUGGUGGAAUGGGCUACACUGUUCUGCCGAAUCCACCUGUCAAUAAGCCAAUCACCAUUAACCAGGAGCCCAUUGAGAUUCCUCCUCAACCCCUGCCAACCUCAGAGAGACCAGUGGAGGCCUUUGGGAAACCAGAAGAGUUUAUACCAGUAGCAACAACUGCACCAGAUCAGGAGCUGCUAGUUCCUGGGGUUAGCGAUAGGCCAGUAUUUGAUCCCAUCCUGCCCCAGCUAUCUCCGGGUGUAUCCACUGUCAAGAUGGAGGCACUCUACCCAGAGGUUGUUGAGAGGAGCUCUCCGCCCGCACCGGUGGAGAUCCUCCCAUCUAAUGCCGGACAGGACAUCGCUCCCACACAGUCCGCUGAGGUAGAUGAGUGCCAGAUCAGCCCUUUCAUCUGUGGCCAGGGGAUUUGCUACAACACAGCAGAGGGAUACACCUGCCACUGUGAUGAGGGAUACCGCCUGGAUGACGCCCAAACCACCUGUGUAGAUGUAGAUGAGUGUGUGGAGAGCCCAUCCUUUUGUGUUGGUGGUCGCUGCGAGAACACAGAGGGCAGUUUUCUGUGUGUGUGUCCGGAGGGAUUCCUCGUCGAUGAAGAGGGAACUAGUUGUUUAGAUUUAGAUGAGUGCCAGGACCAGCGGAUCUGUACCAGGGGCCACUGCCAGAACACUGAGGGCUCCUUCCUCUGUCAAUGUGGGCCCGGCUUCAGAGAGUCUUUGGCAGGAGACGAUUGUGAUGAUGUGGAUGAGUGUUUAGAAGAAGCCAGGCCCUGUGAGUCUGUGGGGGAGUGUGUGAACAACAUGGGCUCCUACACCUGCACCUGCCCCCGGGGGUACCGGCAGGUCGACGGCACCCGCUGCACAGAUGUUGACGAGUGUGUGGACGAACCAGAGCUCUGCUCCCCCCAUGCAGAGUGUCUCAACACAGAGGGGUCCUAUCGGUGUGAGUGUGAAAGCGGGUUCAUCGCCAACAUCGACACGCCCUCCUGUGACGAUAUUGAUGAGUGUGGGCUCAACGACACGCUGUGUGGCCCUCAUGGUUUCUGUGAGAAUAGGCUGGGUUCUUUCCGCUGCCUCUGUGAGCAGGGCUACCAGGAGGACCAGGACGGCCAAGGAUGUUUGGAUGUGAAUGAGUGUGAGCUGCUGAGCAGUGUGUGUGGGGAGGCCCAGUGUAGGAACAGUGAUGGUUCCUUCCACUGCGAGUGUCCCAGCGGACAGGACUACAACGUGAUGAUCGCCAAGUGUGAGCCUGUUCCCACAGUGUCCUCAGUGGAGCGUAAGGAGUGUUACUACCGUCUGAACGAUGAGAACCUGUGUGAGAGCGUGCUGACCAGCCACGUCACCCUGCAGGAGUGCUGCUGCACCCUGGGAGCUGGGUGGGGGGACAACUGCGAGGUGCACCCUUGUCCUGUCAAUGGCACAGACCAGUUCAAUCAGAUGUGUCCGUCUGGAAGAGGUCUUAUUCCCAAUGGAGACUUAUUGUAUGGAGUACCCACAGCUGGCAGCUACAAAGACGCAGAUGAGUGUGCGCUGUUCGGCCAGGAGGUGUGUAAAGGUGGCUUCUGUCUGGACACUGUGGGAAGCUACGAGUGUUACUGCAAGACCGGAGAAGACUACGACCCUGCCAAACUGGAGUGCAGAGACAUCAAUGAGUGUGAGGAUGAGUCGCUGUGUGAAGGUCGAGAGUGUCUGAACACAAAGGGCUCAUACAUGUGUUUAUGCAAACCUCCCAUGGUGCUUGAACCCCACACCAACCGCUGUGUCAUUGCUCCUGAGGGAACCGAGGAACAGGAAGCGGCAGAGCUGGUAGACUACGAUGGGGGAGUGUGCUGGCAGGGGGUGACAGAGUCAAUGACGUGCACGCGGCCGCUUGCUCCACACAUCAAGACCACAUACACAGAGUGCUGCUGUCUGUACGGAGAGGCCUGGGGCAUGGACUGUGCCCUGUGUCCCCCCAGAGACACAGAGGAUUAUGCGUCCAUGUGUAACCUCGGCUCACGGCGGGCGUACGGUCGUGAUGCGCUUGUUGCCGGCCCGGUCCAGGAAUAUGAAGUGGACUACUCCCCAUCACCUGAGCAGGAGGAGGCCCUGCCUUUUUACGGGAACGAGGAGUUUCCAUUUAAAGCCUUUGAGGGUCUGCGGGCAGAGGAAUGUGGGAUCCUGAACGGCUGUGAGAACGGACGCUGUGUGCGUGUUCAGGAGGGCUACACCUGCGACUGCUUCGACGGUUACACCCUGGACCUGUCUCGCAUGGCCUGCGUCGAUGUGAACGAGUGCUCGGAGCUGAACAGUAGGAUGUCACUGUGUAAAAAUGCAAAGUGCAUUAACACAGUGGGCUCCUAUCAGUGUGUGUGUCUGCCAGGCUUCACUUCCUCUGACAAACCCAACUACUGUGUGGAGGCAGCAACACACCGAACAUCAACACACAGAGUGAGCAGGGACCGACACUAGGGGGCAAAAAGAGACACUAAAACACACGCACAAGAUGUAUUACUAUACUUGUGAGGACGCCCACUGACACUCAGCCACUGCUAAAUCCUCAACCCUAACCUGCUCUGGUUAAAGGAUGCAGUAAACACUUCACAGCUGCUCAUCAGGAGUGACCAGGAGGGAAAAUAGAGAUUUAACAUAUACAAAUAUCAGUCUCCCUUUAAACUGUUAAACAUAUAUUGAAAAUCUUUACCCAAAUCAAUUUAACUUGAAAAGAAUACACUUUUAACUUCCUUAAGUUCUUACCCAAUCCUUAUUCAAAACCUUCUCCAUAAUUUGGAAACAAAUCCACAGCUGCUGUUUACCAGUGUCACCUAUUUUGACAAAUGUUCCUGUUCUGCAACACCAUUGAUUUUUUUCCAGUACUUUUUGUAGUUUUACAAUGUGCAGUUUUUUAUAUUUGAAUGAACCCUUCCUAAAUAUUAUAAUGUACUCCCGUUACCAGUGCUUAAUUUCUAAGUAAUCCUAACAGCCUCAUUUUUAAUGAAUGUUAACACUGCAGCUUGCCUCCCUGUCCUUGGUUAAAGGCAUUCAAGAUUUUGGGAUAUGCUUGGUUCUUUCCAAGAGUUGAGUGGGAGAUCUCAUGUCUGUAUACAACGGGCUUACCCUAAGGCUGGAAGCAUGCAAACCACAUCUAGUAAUAUAAUACGGAUGUAGGGCACAUUGACAGCUUAUCUCAUUCCAAUAGGAAAGUUUGAGGGCAUUAUGUAUGAUAUUCCAACAUGUCUAAUGGCAAACUAAAAUGUAGUGUUUCAGGUAGUUAAUAUGGAGAAAUGUACUGAUUUAUAGCCACAUUCAGGAAUAAUGUUUCAUGCUAGUAUUCUCUAUUUAGCACCAACAUAAAUCCCAGCUGAGGCCAAUGGACGGUCGUUAGUCCUGGAGAUAUUUAGUCCUAAACUCAAAGCAUUAGACAAAAUAUCAUUUUAACCUGAUGAUUGCGCUAGUUACAAGAGUAAAGGAUCACAUUUAUUACAACUCUUCCUCUGGGGACCAUGAAUAUCCGCACCAAAUGUCAUGGCAUAGCUGAGAAUUUCCUAAAGCAGACAUUGCCAUCCCUAGAGGCUGUCUGCUGGAGCUUUAAAGGUUCUAAAUUCCGAAUUCAGAGCAUAAAUGGUAAAGGUAUGUGAAGGAUAAUGUGCAGCGAGGCGGCCAUUAAUGAAAACCUCUUUUAUCACAAUCACCAUAUUGCAUUGUAUUGUAAAAUAGUAAAAAAUAUAAUACUGCUUCUGCAAAAAAAAUAUUCUGUGUUCCCUUAAUUGUUUACUUCCUGUCAGUCUUCUUCUGUUGAUUUCGCCGAUGUCCAACGAUCAGUCUUUUAACCUCUUUCCUUCUCCCCGUAGCAACGGUGAUGUUAUGCUUAGCAGCAGUGUGUUAUAAAGUACUUAAAUGUUCAAAUUGAUCAAUCAGAAUUAAUAAGCCUUGUAAUUAAAAGCUAUAAAGGUAUAGUGGGGCAGGAACGUGCACAGACCUCAAAGGAAGCCUGAGCACCUGUCUUUUUACCCUCAAAUUACAAAAGUGCCCUUUUUCCAAUGAAGUUUUUUUACAAAACAGUACAUUUCUGUUUGAGUUAACUACACAGAGGUGAAUUUUCCCAUUGUUGAUAUCAUACCAGCCUCUCUGACAUCCUCUGCAUGCACCUGUGGCGUAAUGGUCUGACUGAGCAGAGAAUGACGCCCCUCUUCCUCUGCUGUUGUCGUAAUCCGAGCUUCUGUGUUUAUGUAGCUCUAAAAGUUAGUGUGUGUGUGUGUGUGUGUGUGUGUGUGUGUGUGUGUGUGUGUGUGUGUGUGUGUGUG